UGCAUGGCGGCAUCGAAAGCCAUUCGCGGGUUACUUGAUGUAGCGCAGUGUUCCCCCAGUUUCUCCUCCCUUUUCAAGAUGUGCAGUGGAAACGUAACACCGGCACAAUCCGCCAAAAUGCUGCCUCCUUCGUCAGGCUUGAUCAGAAAACUGAAGCUGUUUUUGUGUCGCCGGAGUUUCCUGAAGCUGCUGAUUAUAGCACUUGCUAUGUUGUCGCUGCUAUCAGCUAAGAGCAAGAUAUCCCGGGAUUAUAGGACUAGUGACAAUUUUACCAAUCCGAUGCCGGCAGAUCCUCAAAGAAUUUUUAGCGGCAGGAAGAAGGAACUUUGCCCUACGGUACCCCCUAAUCUAGUUGGACGUGUCAAUAUAAGCUUGACUGUACCGUCUAUGGAAGAGAUCGAGAAGGCCCAUCCUGAGCUGGAACCCGGAGGCCAAUUCCAUCCAGCCGAAUGUCGGUCCAGACACCGCGUAGCCAUCAUCAUCCCAUACAGAGACAGGGCCCAACACCUACCAGCGCUUCUACAUCAUAUAACUCCGAUACUCCAGAGGCAACAGAUAGAGUACACCAUUUAUGUUGUUGAGCAAGCAGGAAAUGAUUCAUUCAAUCGGGGAAAGUUAAUGAAUGUUGGCGCCUUGGAGUCUCUCAUGCGCUAUUCAUACGACUGUUUCAUAUUUCACGAUGUGGACUUGUUACCAGAAGAUGACAGAAAUCUCUAUACUUGUCCAGAACAACCACGUCACAUGUCUGUGGUAGUUAAUGCUUCGAAUUUCCAGUUACUAUUCAACGGCUCGUUUGGUGGAGUGAGUGCGAUCGCUGUCCAGCACUUCAGGACAAUCAACGGAUACAAUAACAGAUUCUGGGGUUGGGGAGGUGAGGAUGAUGAUAUGUCCAGCAGAUUAGAAUUCCAUGGACUCAAGGUUACUAGUUACAACGAGUCUAUCGCCCGCUAUACGAUGCUUCAACACCCGAAAGCUGUCCCGAAUCCAGACAGAUUCAAGAUCAUGGCUGAAGGUAAAAGUAUAUUCAAGACAGAAGGUUUAAACAAUAUACAAUACAAAGUAUUGGAAGUGAAACUUCAACGGAUGUAUACAUGGAUUUUAGCUGACCUGAAGCCUUCUUGAUCUUUACAUUUAUCGCAAAUUCAUAAAUCUUGGUGUCUGUAGUAGUUAUAAUAAAGUUCCUAUAUGUC